AUGACAAAAGAUGAGACUCUACUAGUCUUCACUCUUGUGGUUUCCUCGGUUUCUAUUUUCUUAUUCGGGAUCUUGCUUUUCAUGGUUCUCAUCUCUGCAACUCGCGAUUUUCGCGAGAGAACCAAAUCCAAGUUGGUGAAGAUCAUGAUUUGGGCUGGCAUAGUAGUUAUUACCUUUGCAAUUGCGGUUCGAAUCUAUCCGAUCUUUAUCUUUUUGCUCAAAGAACGAAUAAAACCCCUUGUUGAAGCCCUUUAUGAUAAGCUUCCCUGGAUCUGGGAAGUUUCUCUUUCACGGUAUUGGGAUCGUUUGAUCGAUUUCCUUGAUCGCUACUUAUGGGCGUGCGCUCAAAGGAUACAAACAGGGAUUCGCAAACAAAAAGGGGAAUUCGUAGUCACUUUUUCCUGUCGCGUAAAAAAAAGGCUUUACGCGAGAGCAAUAGAGGUUGGGAUACAUCUAUCUCUUCUGAGCAACCUCUUUUGGAUUCUUAAGACCACCCUUGCAGUAGGAUACCGUCUGCUUUAG